AUGAAGAGCGCCCAUUUCCUCAUCGCCUGGGUCGCCGCCGCGGUCCUCUCCGCAUCGAACAGCCGGUUCGGAAUCCAUCUGCCAGAGCAGCCUGUUGUUGACACCCGCGAAGGCGAAUCUGACCUCUUUGGGCCAGAGGAGCCGGUCUUUGACCCCCGCGAAUUUGAACUCUUUGGGCAAGAGGAACCCGUCGACACCUCCCGCAAAGGCCAGUUCGGAAUCCAUCUGCCGGAGGAACCCGUUGUCGACCCCCGCAAAGGCCAGUUCGGAAUCCAUCUGCCAGAGCAACCUGUGAUUGACCCCCACCAAGGCGAAUCUGACCUCUUUGGGCCAGAGGAACCGGUCUUUGACCCUCGCGAAUUUGAACUCUAUGGGCAAGGGGAACCCGUCGACACCUCCCGCAAAGGCCAGUUCGGAAUCCAUCUGCCAGAGCAACCUGUGAUUGACCCCCGCGAAGGUGAAUCUGACCUCUUUGGGCCAGAGGAACCGGUCUUUGACCCCCGCGAAUUUGAACUCUUUGGGUCAGAGGAACCCGUCGACAACUCCCGCAAAGGCCAGUUCGGAAUCCAUCUGCCCGAGCAACCCGUCGUCGACCCCCAAAAAGGCCAGUUCGGAAUCCAUCUGCCCGAGCAGCCCGUCGUCGACCCCCGCAAAGGCCAGUUUGAAACCCAUCUGCCCGAGCAACCCGUCGUCGACCCCCAAAAAGGCCAGUUCGGAAUCCAUCUGCCCGAGCAGCCCGUCGUCGACCCCCGCAAAGGCCAGUUUGAAACCCAUCUGCCCGAGCAGCCCGUCGUCGACCCCCGCAAAGGUCAGUUCGGAAUCCAUCAGCCAGAGGAACCAGUCGACAACUCCCGCAAUGGCCAGUCUGGAAUCCAUCUGCCCGAGCAGCCCGUCGUCGGCCCCCGAAAAAAACGCCGCCCCGGCCCCCCAAAAGGCCGCCCCAUGCGCCGAAAAGGCCAAUCCGGCCUCGAUAUGACCGCUCCCGCCGCCUAUAAGCCCACCCGACUCGACGACGGGAUGAUUCCCUCCAUCCCGAUCCGCACGCCGCCGCUGCCCACCCCAAUCGCAGUUCGCCAUGGCAUGUGGUGGUAUGAAGGGAUAUGCGACGAGACCGUGCACAUGUGCUACUGGCACGCCGUGGUGAAGAGCGGGGAGCCCCGCAAGAGAUCCGGCAAGCAUUUCUACUUCUUGAGUGCACUCCGGCACACAUACUGCAGGCUUGGCAGCCCGUGCGAGGGCCGGCACGCGCCGUGCUGGGCGAACAGGCAGGGUCCCGGCGAGAAUGCCUACUGCACCGCUGAGAGCAUCCCCGAUUUUAUUCGCGUCGGGAUCGAGAGAAGGAGGGCGCAGAAAGCGAAGGAGGAGGCGGAGAGAGCGAAGGAGGAGGCGGAGAGAGCGAAAGCGACCCGGGUCGUGGCGGCAGCGACCAAAGCCAAGGCGGAAGCGACCCGGACAAACGAAUGGGACCCCUUCUAUGAAGAUUUCGAUGCGCUGGAGGAAAGGGUAUGGGGCUCGUGA